CCCGGGCAAGGGCGUUUGAAGGAAACGUGAGGCGAGGCGGCGGCGGCGGGAUGGAGGCGGCGCCGCGGCGGAGCCCCGAGCCUCGGGAGAAGCCGCCGGUGCUGGACGGGGAGGCAGCGGGGGCGCCCGCGGGGGCGUCGGGCGCGGCCCCGGCUUCGCCGGCGGCGACGGAGCAGAUCGUGGCGGAGGGCGAGGCGGCGGCGGCGGGCACGUUCGUGCAGCGGCAGCUCGGGGCGAUGCUGCAGCCCGCCGUGAACAAGUUCUCGCUGCGCAUGUUCGGCAGCCACCGGGCCGUGGAGAUCGAGCGGCAACGGGUGAAGUCGGCGGGCGCCUGGAUUAUCCAUCCCUACAGCGACUUCAGGUUUUACUGGGACCUCAUCAUGCUGCUCCUGAUGGUGGGGAAUUUGAUCAUCCUGCCCGUGGGCAUCACCUUCUUCAAGGAUGAGAACACCCCUCCCUGGAUCGUUUUCAACGUGCUUUCGGACACUUUCUUCUUGGCUGACCUGGUGCUGAACUUCCGGACAGGCAUCGUGGUGGAGGACAACACGGAGAUUAUCCUUGACCCUCACACCAUCAAAAUGAAGUACUUGAAGAGCUGGUUCCUGGUCGACUUCAUUUCCUCUAUCCCUGUUGACUACAUUUUCCUCAUCGUUGACCUGGAGACCCAGGUGGAUUCUGAUGUCUACAAGACAGCCCGGGCCUUGCGCAUCGUGCGCUUCACCAAGAUCCUCAGCCUGCUGCGCCUGCUGCGUCUCUCGCGCCUCAUCCGCUACAUCCACCAGUGGGAGGAGAUCUUCCACAUGACGUACGACCUGGCCAGUGCUGUGGUGAGGAUCUUUAACCUCAUUGGGAUGAUGCUGCUGCUGUGCCACUGGGAUGGCUGCCUCCAGUUCCUGGUGCCCAUGCUGCAGGACUUCCCCGAGGACUGCUGGGUCUCCAAGAACCGCAUGGUGAACGACUCGUGGGGGAAGCAGUACUCGCACGCCCUGUUCAAGGCCAUGAGCCACAUGCUCUGCAUUGGCUACGGGCAGCAGGCGCCCGAGGGCAUGACCGACGUCUGGCUCACCAUGCUCAGCAUGAUCGUGGGGGCCACCUGCUACGCCAUGUUCAUCGGCCACGCCACUGCCCUCAUCCAGUCGCUGGACUCGUCCCGACGCCAGUACCAGGAGAAGUACAAGCAAGUGGAGCAGUACAUGUCAUUCCACAAGCUGCCCGGGGACACGCGCCAGCGGAUCCACGAGUACUACGAGCACCGCUACCAGGGCAAGAUGUUUGACGAGGAGAACAUCCUGGGGGAGCUCAGCGAGCCGCUCAAAGAGGAAAUCAUCAACUUCAACUGCCGCAACCUGGUGGCCAACAUGCCCCUGUUUGCCAAUGCGGACCCCAACUUCGUGACGGCCAUGCUGACCAAGCUGCGCUUUGAGGUCUUCCAGCCCGGGGACUUCAUCAUCCGUGAGGGCACCGUGGGCAAAAAGAUGUACUUCAUCCAGCACGGGGUGGUCAGCAUCCUCACCAAGGGCAACAAGGAGACAAAGCUGUCUGAUGGCUCCUACUUUGGCGAGAUCUGCCUGCUGACGCGGGGCAGGCGCACGGCCAGCGUGAGAGCCGACACCUACUGCCGCCUCUACUCCCUGGCCGUGGAUAACUUCAACGAGGUGCUGGAGGAGUACCCCAUGAUGCGCAGGGCCUUCGAGACGGUGGCCAUGGACCGGCUGGACCGCAUAGGGAAGAAGAACUCCAUCCUUCUCCGCAAGCGAGCCGAGCACAGCUCGGGGCCCCUGAACAACGAGAUGAUCCAGCAGAUCGUGAAGCACGACCAGGACAUGGCCCACAACAUCCAGGACCUGCAGCAGAUGGCGAUGGGCCGGGAGCUGAGCGGGAAGCCGGUGAUCUGGGAGCCGCUGGUGCACGCACCCCUGCAGACGGCCGCCGCCACCACCAACGUGGCCAUCGCCCUGACCCACCAGCACAGCCUGCAGGCCCACAUCUUCCUGCCGCCCUCCUCCAUCUCCAGCCCGCUCUCGCCCGAGGCCACCCUGCUCACCAAGCCGGUACGCCGGUCCCAGCCCAGCCUGGGCGGCUCCCGGCCCUCCUCUGUGAGCUCGCCCUCCGGGGCGCAGUCCCACCUCCAGACGCCCGCCGCCGGCUCGCCUUCCUCGCCCAUGGUCCAGUCCCAGGCGCCGCUGGAGAGCGCGGCCCAGAGACCCAGCCCCGGGGCGCAGCCCCUGCCGCGCUCGGCGCAGAGGGGGGAGAUGCCAGCGGGGGCCAAGCAGCCCCCGGCCGGCCCCCAGCCCCAGCUCUCCAGGUCCCGCGGCACCUCGGUCUCCACCUCGCUGCUGCAGCAAGCGGCGGGCGCUGCGUCCCCCAGCUCCGAGCAGGCGCUGCCGCCGGGGAGAACGCUCCACUACAGCCUGUCCCGAGCCACCGGCUCCCACAUCUCGCUCCUGAUGCAGCCCCAGCAGCUGGUGAAGCACAGGAGCAUCCACGGCCUGCCGGUGGGGCGGCUCACCCAGGAUGUCCGGCUCCUCUCUGCCUCCCAGCCCUCCCUUCCCAAUAAGGUGGCCCAGCAAGCCGACGGGAGCUCCUUGAAGCAGGGCAGGAAAUCUGCAGGGAACCUGGCCCGCAGGUCCUCGCCGUCGGUAGCCGGACUCCUCGCCAAGCCGUGCGCGGCGAUCCCAGGCCAGCCCGCACACUCGCAGCAGAUGCCUUCAGGAUCGCUGGCUCAGCCCGGCCGCUCCACGGCGGGAGCGUCCACUCCCCAGUCCCCGGGCUCCGCGUCCAGGCAGGCAGCAGGUCCCUCCCGCAAGGGCUCCGUGGCCUUCAGCCCCGAGGUGGAAACGGGGAAGCCCAAACUCCCAUCCAACAUGUGAGUCCUGGCGGCACCCACACGGGCAGGAGGGAGCCGGGCAUCCCGGCGGCAGAGGAGGCGAGAGGAGCAGAGCACCAGCCCCGCCGUGUCAGAGGGAAAAAUGAGGUGAGAGGCAGCACCCGGGGCCGUGGAGGGGCUGUUUCAGGCGCGGGGGCACGGCAGGGAUGAGCAUGGGGCAGCCCCAGAGCUGGCCCAGCCGGAUGAGGAGGGGGCUCUGCUGACUGCCCCAGGGGGUCACCCUGCCCGGGCUCUCCCCUCCUUGCUCAUCACCACCUGUGAGUUCUGCUCUCCUCCUGGAGGCACAGGACAGGUCAGAGCCCUUGCCCAAACUCUGGCCUCUCUGAGGAGCUCAGCUCCCCACAACUGCCCCUUAGGGGCCGGGCCCCCCACUCUCUGUGCCGCGUGUCCCACAGCCUGUCCUCGGGGCCAGGCUGGCGCUGGCAGCUCCUCCAGCUUGUCCUCUGUCACAGCAGGGGCUGCCCUACGCCCACCUCGAUCCCCAGAUUGCUCUGCCCAGCACCUUUGCCUUUAGGGUGAGGAGGGAGAGGCAGCCCCCUGGGUCCACUGCCCGGCUGGAGGCUGGAGCCCACGGCAGGGGCAGGCAGAGUGCAGGGGUCCAGGGUCAGCAGGGGCCAGGUCUCCCUUCCCCGAGGCCCUGGUGGGUCCCUGAGUGCAGGUGCCAGGACCUGGGGGUCCCGGGCAGGGCUCCCCUGGUGUGACAAGUGCCAAGGGGCAAUGCUGGGGGCAGGGGUGUCUCCACUGAGCAACCACCCAGUCCCUCUCCCCAGCUUGUGGGACCAUUUUGCCUCAGAGGUGCUGAGUCCCUGUGAGGUUGGGAUGUGCUGCUGGGCAGGGCUCUGCCCCACACCCGGGCACUGUGGCUGUCCCCCCACCUGGCCUGGGGGCAGCCGGGGGAGAUUCUGCUGCCUGAAACUCCAGGAGGAUGUUCAGAGGGUCAGUCCAAGGGACCCCUCUGUGGCUCCAGGAUGGUGUCCAGAAGGUCACCAGGGGGGACCCUUCUGUGGCUCCAGGAGGAUGCUCAGCCCGGGCUCUGCUCCCCUGCCCUGCGCUGCAGUCCUGUUUCCAGGUUGCCUGGAGAUGCCAGUCACCAGUGCCACAGGAGCAGAAGGCUGUCACAAAGAGAUGCCAGUCCCAGGCAGCGCCUGGGUGAUGUGUGGGGCUGUGGGGUCACCCUCCCUCGAACAGGGGUCCCCACAGAUGCCCCACGCCCCCCCCUCCCGAGACAGUAGUGUGCAAUGUGUGUGCGAGUCGUGGCUCUGCCGAGCAGCCGAGCUCUGCUUACAGUGUCGCUUUGGGCCAACCGUGUUCAGUCCUGGUUAGAGUAGUGUCCCCUCCGACCCCGCCGCGCUGCGCCAGCUGCUUCCCGCUCCCGGAGUCAGGAACCGUGGCUUGUCUUCGUGCUCUGGGGCUCGGCUGCCGCUCAGCGGAGCCUGCCAGACCCCCAGCACAGCAGCGGGCGAGGUCUUGUUCCCCGCGGUACUUAUUGAAGUGAGGUGUUCAGUUCUCCACCCUCGUGUUUUGGGGCGUCGGGAGCAGCCCGGAGCGCAGGGCUGCUGCGGGAGCCCGGCCUGCGGGGUGCAGCAGCCCACCAGGAACCCCGGCAGUGCCUGCCAGAGGGGGAUGUCCUGCACUGCCUUUUUCCCGUGAAUUUCAACAGCCCUUCCCUGCCCACCCCCACGUCCCGCUCCAUCCCCAUGGUCGGUGUGUCCCCAGCAGCCCUUCGGGCAGGGGUCUGCAGCGGAGCCGCGCGUCCCACGUCCCCGGGUUGUGUUCACACUGCAUGAUGUAGAUGUCUUAGCGGUCAUCCCAGCGCCCCGCAGAGCGCGCGGCCCGGCCCGGACAGCACCGAGCUCCCGCUGGCCGCGCCUCUGGAGCACCCUCCCCACGCCACAGCCCCGUGUCGGGAGUCAGAGCCACCCCGUGCUCCUGUCACCGUCGCCCCUGCCCUGCACCGUGUCACCUCGUGGGCCGGUGCUCACCCCGGGGAGGCUGGAGGGGCUGGGGAUGCCGGCCGUGCGCGGGCGCAAGUUUAUCCACCAAAGACCAUGAUCCUCCACUCUUGCACUCACGGCAGUCGAUGUACAGAGCUUGUAGUUUUCAUAUCGCAGAGAAUUUAAGAGCGUUUUUUUAUUUUUGGUCGUUGUACAUAAUGGAUUUAAAUAAUAAAGAGAGAUUCCGAGCUGG